CAUAUUUUGCAGUAUAUUUCUCUCAAUUACGAUAUCUGACAAAAAUAAUUUCUUAAACACGCUAAUAAAACUUGGCAACGAUGCCUUCAUUAUUUCCUAACUUCAUUCCUAUCUUCCUUACCUUCAAAUGGCCAUGGCAGUGCCUUAAUUUUUUAAUGUUGUGUGCUGUGACGGUCUCACAGUUGUGUUGUAGUUUUGACAAACGGAAUGACGGAUGUACGGUGUGUUAUAUAUCUCAGAAAAAAAUUUACUGGAAAACAAUAAAAUGGGCUGUGAAUAAACUAUUUUUAUGUUAAAUGUGUGGUGUAAGCUUUUGUGUUUUGUCCAAAUUAUUUAAAUAUGUGUAAUGUACCGCCAAAGUUUUAUCAGUUGUGUCGGUUGUGUUUAUCUCACGAUAAGGAUAAUGCUUUAUUUAUCUUUGAUAAGGCGGCUAUGGAAAGAAAUAUUCUUAAGAAAAUAAUGACGUGUCUGUCAAUUCUGGUUUAUGAAAAAGAUGAAUUGCCACAUGUAAUAUGUCUUAGCUGUACAGAACAAUUAGAAUGCUUGUAUAAAUUCCGUCAAUUGGCAAAAAAAACUGAAGACAUUCUACAUCAAUUUUUGGUGUACACCAAAGAACUAAAAGGAUCUGAAAAGGAAAAUAAGCAGCAAUCUGAAGAACUUCUUGAAAAUCUGACCGCUUCCAUAAAUACUUUACCUCUUGAUUUUAAAAUAGAAAAACCAGUGAUACCUUUACAAAAAAAGGUUCCAAACUCUCCUAGAGAACCAACAGAAGUAGUAGCAACAAAGCCAGUGGAAAUUAAAAAGGAACCUGUAUAUACUGAUGAAGAAGACGUACCUCAUGAACCUAAGGAAUUUGAAAGUAGUAGUGGAAAUAUUGUUCCCAAAGUUGAAGUAAGUGAGACGCUUCUACCUCCUCAAGAUGUUUCUAUGGAUUUAUCCAAGGAUAAUACUGAAGAACAUCUGCGUGAACCGUUAAUAAAGGUAAAACCCCCCAGUGCUUUACAUUACACCCCCGAAAGUAGUAAUGUGGAGAUAUCAAAUAUUCCUAGGAUUAUAAGUCAAGAUUUCAGCCGGUUUGUUGAUAAUGACAAAAGUGACAAUACCAGUUCCAUUGAACCCACUGAUCUCUCGAAUAAGAAAACUGAAAAAUUAACAUGUGUGCCAGAAAUAAGUUACAUCAAAGAAGAAGCUGAUGCUGUUUCCCUUUCAAGCAAUAGCUCCGAUCCAGAACGAUUAGAGGUGGAUAUGUCUCAGGUAACCGAGGAGCAAAGCGAUUCAACAAAUAGCGCAACAUCUCCUAUUUCUGAGUCAGUGUUAAACCAAAAUGAAAUUGAUCCUUCAGUAUGGCAGACGCUUUCUCGAAAUGGUUAUAAUCCUCCUCUAAGUGGGGAAGCAAGCCAGUUACUGAGGAAGCUCAUAACCUGUCGAAAGUUAGGUAUGACCAUAACUCCAGCACAACCACAUGUUUUAAACUAUACUUUAUUCGAUGAGAGACAAGCACAAGCAGAUAGUAUUAAUCAAAAAAAUGCCUGUAGAAGAAAACAAAGCUAUCCUUCAAAAGCAACUGUUCCACCUGAAGGGGCACCGAUGGAACAAGAUAAUGAAGAAUAUGACUAUGGGCCUGAUAAUUCUCUUAUAUUAUGUAAUAUGGGAAAGGGAAAGAGAAUGGAAUUGAAACGAAUGGUAGCUAUAUCUUGUACAAAUUGUGGUACUCAGACGACGACGAUUUGGAGACGUAAUCUGAGAGGAGAGAUGGUAUGUAAUGCUUGUGGUCUUUAUUUCAAAUUACAUGGAAUUGACAGGCCUGUCACAAUGCGAAGAGACACAAUUCAUACACGACGUAGAAGGCCAAAAGCAGCAGAAUCAGAAAAACCUCCUCCCAAAGAAUAUACAGAACAGAACCCAUUCAGUAAUCAUCCAGGACAAUUCAGAGGAAAAAUUGAUCAAUUCAGUCCAUUCAGUAAUCCUCCAGUUCACACAUACAAAGGAAAAAUUGUUAAAGGAUCUUCCAAGGAAAAAAGCAAUACAGAAUCAUCCGACACGGAAGAUAUGUUGAGUGCAUUGAGGCGUCAACUGCAACCUCAUUUGGUGAUGGCCUUACAAGGACAUCGAAAUAAUUUUAAUUCUAACUCGGACAGUAGUCCGAAGAUUCCGUCACGCGCACACAUACAGUUUCAGGGUCCACCUUUACCAAAUUUCUUGCCAUUAGAGAAAUCCAGUGGAGUCUCUACAAGGGAAGCCGUUUCCGAUGAAGACAGCAUAGCAGACCUACCGUUAAACCUUGUUUCAACACAUAUGACUGAGGGUGAAUUAAUUUAAAACAGUUUUCAUUAUUUACAGAUAAUUAGUUUUUACUAACAGUAUCCAGUGAUACCAGCUCUACUUAAUAGUAUUAGAUUUUUAAUGUAACCGUAACAUUGAGUUUUUUUACCAAAAUAAUAUUAAGGAACAGUUGUUAAAUGGAAAAAUUUGUACAUUUGUAAUUGACAAUGUGAAACUUUGGGGGGAAAGUUUGCCUAUAGCGACGUUGCCCGUCAACGAACAUUUCUCCAAUUUGUGAUGAUUAUGUAUUUAUCAUUGUUAUGACUGGCCGUCUUUGUAAAUUGUGUUUAUUAUUGUAAGUUGUACUUGAAUUUUUAGUUUAUUUCUGAUGCCAGCUGGAGAAUGAAUUGAUAGUUAAAUAAUUUUAUAACCAUGAAUUCAAAACCAUUAAGCAUUGAAUUAUCACAAUUUUAGCAACUGUAAGUUAUACAAUUCUUCAAAAAGCAAAUGUAAACCAGUAUCCAAAAGCUAAUAUUUUAGAGGUACUUAAACUAUCAAUUCAGAAUUCUACUUUUUUUUUGUUGAAAAUUAUUUAAUUCAAAAAUAUUGAAUUUUAAAUGACACGAAAGUAUGGUGCAUAACAUAUGGCAAAAAUUGCAGCAUUAGUAAUAUUUUAUUUUUUUGGUUAAUUUCUUCAAAGAAACUUUUCUCUACUUAAUAUGGUUUUUCAGUAUUUGCAAAAACAUUUCCCGACUUGUUGCCAUAAGCUUGUUCCUUAUAAUACAAAGGACGACUAAAACUGUAUCCAAUUGAGAAGGAUAAAUUUGAAAAAUUCAGGACGCACUAUCUUAAGAUUUUUAGCACUUUUCUGAAGUUAGUUUUUAUACUUUUGAGGAACUUGUCGUUCACGAUGAAUUGAUGAAAAAUGUUGUCAGUGAGUUGAUAUUUCUCUAAAUAUUAAGUUUUUUAUUUUCCACUUUUUUUUGAAUAAGAACUUUCAAGUCACUCACCAAUUCCACCAUUUAAAUCACUUCGUAAAAAUUCAACACUAUAUGUGCCAAUCGAACUAAAUGAGUAAUGAAGAAUUAUUCUGAAAAGUCCUGUAUGUAUAUGACUUGAUUGGGUGUAGAUAUAGCUUAGGGAAUACAUUGUACUGCAACUUAAUGGUGUAUUGUUCUCCCUAUAAAAAGUAUUUUAAAGUUGCUAAAUAUUUAAGAAACAUUUUUGUUUAAAAUUGGGAGAGUAUACAGGAAAGGAAACUUUCUGAAAAAUAUUGAUGGAUACAUAAGUUUUGAUGAUUGUUCAGAAAGUAAUAGAGAUAUAGAAUUCAUAUAUUAUGUAAAAAUACUUGUUUCUUAUUUUCCAGAUGACUAGUUUACUUAGGCCUGAAAAAAUUUGGUUCUGAAAUUUAUUUGCAUUCAUUAUUUAAAAUGUAAGUAAUUUAUUCAAUUUUCACUGGAAGCUAUCAGUGCGGGUUAUAUCACUGACUGAAAUUUGUAAAUCUAUACUAAAAAAGGCAAAAUUUAUAAUAAAAUAACCAUUUAUUUGAAAAAACGAACUAAUGGAAUUUGACUUUUAUAGCAUUUCUGUCGGCGCACUCUUUUAAUAAGUUUUCAAAAACUGGGAUAAUCAGAUUCUGAUCAGGCAAAAAGAUUUUAGAUUUUUUUUGGAAUGGUCUUGUGUUUAUCCGUAGUCCCGGAUUUCCGUCCUUCCCGUUCAGCUCUCUUUUUGAAAGAUUAUGUUAUAAAGAUAUAGAUAAUGUGCGUUCCAUUCUAGUGUUGCCAACAUAACUAAUGUUUCGUAAAGUUUUGGGAAUUUUUAGGUAGGUUUACCUUAAUCAAAUAUCUCUCCAGCAGUACCCCUUUAUGUAUACACUAAAGCCGCUACUGAGUGAGAUGCCAUUUCAGAAAUAUUCUAGAAGAGCUUCUAAUAGUACUAUCAGGUGUAUUAUGGUGAAUGUUAACAAACAAAUACCUUGGUAGAUUUUAUUUUGAAAAAACUUUUUUGAGAACAAUUGCUUUUUGAAGAAAUUAACUUCAGAUUCUUAAUAUCUUGAAUCAAUUAUAUAAUGAAGUUUUAUUACAUAUACAAUUUAACAACCGUUUCUUAUACUAUGCUCUCUUGCUUGAAUUAUUUAACACGUACUUACACGAUAAUACUCAUUUUGUGUUUCUUUUGUAUUUGUCAUUUAUUUUUCUUUCUACGAAGUCCGAUUGUGAUAUUUUCAUGAACUUUAAUACAUAAUACAUUUUUUACAGACGUCAAGUAGAGACCAUAACCAAACUUUCGCUUAUGCCAGUAGUACCAUUAUAUUACCUUAGUGUUUAUUUUUAAUUUCGGGAAUAUUUUUUAUUACUUUAUUCCUCUUAACAAUACUUUCGUAGUUUAGGUAAAUAUUGAUAUUGCGUGAACAGAUUUUUGUACUAAUACUAAAAAUAUUUUAUUAAUUUGAUGAGUGGGAAGGUAACCGUCCAAGAAUAAGAAAAUACUCGUGAAUUUGUUUUUAUGGUAACAAAUAAUAUUUAGACAAUUAAAUGAAUUUUAGAAGAAUGUCCAAUGUUACAAAAAUUAUCUUUUGAAAGAUAUUUAGCUGUUUUAACGCUUUUUUUAUAUUAUUUUUAAACUAAACUUUUUUACGAUUUCACUAAUUAUAAAAAUAACUAUCUUAACCGUUAAAAAUUAUUAGUCACGUCAUAAGUAGCGUCAUGUCAACUGUCACCAGUACCUUCUGUCACUGAUUUUAAUAGAAUCACUUGACAUCUUGUCUAUCAUAUGUUCUAUAAUCGCAAUUAUGAUCACGUGCGAUACGAUCUAACUUGUAAGACGCCAAUUUGAAGUAAACUAGGAAGCGUCAUUUUGUGUGUCCACCAGUACUCUCUGUCACACAUCAAUGCUUUCAAUAGAAUCAUUUGACAUCCAUUUAGUUUGUUUAUUUGAUAUCUAUAUAAACCAGGUUUUUAUAUUGAUAACUAUAAGUAUCAAUGUUACUUGUUUGUUAUAUAUACCUGAAAAUUUCUAUUUUAGAGCCGGUCUCAAAUAGAUUUUUUUGGCAUUGCUUAAUUAUUUGGAUCAGUUUUAAAAUUUUCAUGUUAUAAAGUUGCCUGUGAAGAGUGAGAAUUCUAUUAAAAUAUCUACAUCACUUGUAUAAAAUUGUCUUCCUAUUUAUUAAAAUUAAUUUAGUGAGUAUCAUUGGACAUGAUUCCAAAAGUAUUAAGGCAAUAAAAUUAACUUUGAUGAUAUUAAAACAGGAAUCUCUUCCACUUUUAGUUUUUAUGAAAUUAAGUGUAGUAUUCAAUUUAUUUUUAUUAGUUACAACAACUCACAAAAAAUGCCACAUAUUUUUAUUUUAAAUACAAAAAACAAAAUGUUCAUCAGUUUUCUUAUGUAUAUAUAAUAUGUUCUAUUCUAAAUCUUCUAAUAACAUAACAAAUAAUUUCAACAGAUUCAAUAUUUUUAAACAGAACUCAAAAUUACUUAACUUUGUCAUAAUUGUGACUUGUGUGUGUAUUUUUCUGUCUACCAACUAGAAAGUUAGAAUAGUAUAUUCACAUUAGUCAGGAAUUGUAUAUUUACUUUUGAUAAAAAAUUCUGUUAUAUGUUGAUAUAAUUUUUGUUAUCACUAAUAUGAAAAAUAGUUAGAAUUGCACAAUAUUGGUUGAUUAAUCGAGAAGAACAUUAGGUAGUGAAGUGACAGAAAAAAUACAAAACAAGCUCAAAAUACUCAUUUUUAUUAACUUCCUUGUCUUUAUAUAUUUUUUUAAUAUAAAUAAAACGUUUUUUGUGAGUCGUUCAUAACUGGAGUAUUAACCACGAGUGAUAUUUCUUUUUUUAUCAGUUUUAUCUUUAUUAUAAAUUUAUAAUAGAUUUUAGUGUAUUAAGCUUUAUAAAUAAAUCGGAAACCAGUAUUUUACAUUUUAUUUAUAAAUUAUUUUAGUGAAAGCCUAAAGCGGCAGCUGUGGUGACAGUUAAUUGUUUGUAGAGUUUGAAAUAUCAAAAAAAGUUUAUUACCAUCAAAGCAUUUACAUUUAAAUAUGUCAUUAUAUUGCUGUAAUAUAUUUUUUCAUGAUGACUUUCUGUUGAAGGAGAGUGUGAUAAUUAAACUUCAGUGGUAACAUUAAGUCAAUCCAACUAUGAGAUCUUGAGUAAUUUCUGAAAUGACUAUAAGGAAACUAAUAUAAACAGAAAUGUUUAUCACGUUUUUCGCUGAUUUCAAUAAACAACGAGCCAAGUCGACACAAACUCGUACAUAAGGAAACCAGAAAUUAUUAAAUAACUAAUUAGAUAAUAUUUACUACUAGUGCCAACAGAUGGAGAUGAUUUAUAUGUAAAUAACAUCAUUAUCAUUACCACUAGGUUAUUUACACAAUAAUUAGAAAGUCGAAAAAAUGGUAUAAGUAUUUAGAAUUACAGCAUGGUAUUGAAGUGUCUUCCGGAAAGUUUUAUUUAUAUAAUUCAAAUGUAAAUGCGAUUGAUUGUAUUUAUUCACAAAACUUUUAUUUUCUACUAAUAGAAAGAGCAGUACAUUUUUAAAGAUAUUAAUAAUCUGAUAUUCGAAUUUUGUAACCUCUUUUUAUUUCCAGAGCUAUUUUUAAUAUAGGCUAAAUAGUCGAACAAACUAAUAAAUAUUUUUUCGCAAUUUUUUUUAUAAUAUAAAACUUAUAACUUUGACAUUAUUUGAGUAUUAUUGCAGAAUAAUUAAUUAUACAUUUUUUACUAUAUUUUUAUCAAACAAAAAUGUAAUAAAAAGGUCAAUAGAACAUUUAAAUGCCAUUAGAACUAAUAAAAAAUGUAUUUUUUAUAUCCAGCCCUACAGUAUUGCUCCACUGUCAAGUGGCCAAAUAUAUGUUAGAAACUUUUGAUCAUUAUUUCUUUGUUCUUUUUCUUUCACUCAUUGAUUUGUUUUGUAUUUUGUUCGAGUAAAAUUUUGCUUAAAAAAUUACUUGUAUUGCAUCAUUGAUGGUAUAUCUGCUUACCAGACGUUAAGCCAGCCGGGUUCCACACAAUGCGUCCAAUACUUCCAAUGUUAGACGCAUCAUGUGUUCAUAGUCCGCAUGUCAUUCGACGAAUGUUUUACUUCCAAUGUUUCCCAACCACACAUUUUUUGUUCUCUUGCGCAUGAAUGUUAAGUGUGUUUUCUAUGAAAAAUCAAAGUUGCCAGUAUCAUCCAGUUUGUUUUGAAAGAAUUUAUAUUUGUUGUAUUUUCAUCACAUAUUUCCAAGUAAUUUGGUGAACAAUCGAGUUUAUGUAAACGCGUCACCAAUAACGGCAACUCGCACAUUGCAUUUUUUUUUCACGCAUGUCUGCAGCGCUAGGUCCAAUGUUCAGCUAACGUUGAAAGGUGAAUGUUGGUGCAAACGUUGGAAGGUGAAUGUUGGUGCAAACGUUGGAAGGAGAAUGUUGGUGCAAACGUUGGAAGGUGAAUGUUGGUGCAAACGUUGGUUAUAUGGUGUAGUUGCAGCACUGAAUCCAGCCUUCCUUCCAAUAUUCAGUCGUACAUUGGAAGGUGAAUGUUGGAGCAAACGUUGAAUGCAUCGUGCAGUACCGGCUUAAUCGUUUUGGUGUAAGUCUAGACCAAUCUUCUACACGCAUUCCAUAAAUAUAUAACCAAUUAUGAAUCAUAGACGGUGCUACUAAUCAUUAAUUCAAGUGAAUCCUUAAUCACUGUGUGUUGGAUUAUAAUGUACAUUGUCGUUUUUCAUUAACACUGGAAAAACAGAAACGACAUAUACAGAACAUUGCACACAAAUUCUCACCAACACAUUCCCGCCAUACUCUGGUUGCCUGGUGUUGGAAUCAAGCGGAGCAAUUUAUUUUAGUGUAAUUUAUUGCGACGCUCUAGUAGAUGAGAAGUUAGUUGGUUAAAGAUUUCAAAUUGAACUUCUUAUAUUGUGUAAAAUAUUUUCCAAUACUUUUAAAAAAUAAAAUACAUUAUAUUAGACUAGACUGUUGUUAAUGGUAAAAAAUACUACUUGGGUGCUGAUUUUCAAGUAUUUAAAUCUUGGAAUAUUUUCAUUUUUAUAAAUUUUAUUUUUCAAUGUUCUAUUGAUCUUGAAAUAUCUUCAGUUAUUAUAUAACGUUCUAUUUUAUAUCUACUUUCUCAUCAUCUACCAAUUUUCUUUGUCUUGGUCAAUGGUACAGAUAACAGAAUAUUGCUCAUUUUUUAUAAAAUAAAAUGCAAUUGUUGUUUACAGUUUAGGUAGGUAAAUAAUAUGUAGUUUAUUAUUUUAGAGCCUUAGAUGAUUUUUCUACAUAUAGAAAGUAUUACUGAGGAUUAUUUGACAUUUUGGUUUUUCUUUAUAUGUUUUUAUAAACUUUUUUUAAAUAAUCAGUGUUUCGUUUUCAUGUUGUUAAUAUUUUACAUGUUUCUCAUUAUAAACGUUAUACUGAAGCUAGUGGUUGUGAUAAAUUUUUAUAAAAAAGUUUGUAGUGAAGUUUGAAUAUAUUUUAUGCAAUAAAUAUAUAUGUGGUAGAUUGAUUACUGUUCUCUACUUUGCAAUAAUUAAUUUUGAUCAUUUAAUUGGUAGUGUAAAAGCAUUAAUAAAAAUACAGUUGUACAUAGUGCAAGAAUUAUAAAUCGAAUCGAAUUUUAUACUCUCUAUAAAUAAAAAAUGAAACUCUGAAUUGUUUAGAAACUAUUGUUAAAAAUUUUACAUAUUUAAAAAUACAUUGAGACAUGAUUUUUACAUCCAAAUCCAUCUAAAGCUUUCAAACGUAAAUAAAUUUUAAGAAUAUCUAUUUAAAUUGCGUGAGCUAUCAAUCAGUGUAAAAUUAGUAUCUUGACAGUAAUAUUUCAAAAGCUAUAACAGCAAAAUUGAAUCGAUAUUUUUUUAAUUUUUCUGAUAACAUCUCACUAACAUUUUUCGUUUCAUAAAUUCUAUUUGCACUAGCGUCGUUGUAAUUUCGUUUUGACAUUUUAUUUUUAAUACUCUGUGAAGGUGUAAGUAUUAUCUCGUAUCCCAAUAGUUCAUACAGAAAUAUUUAUUUUACCAUUAUUUCAUUUUAGCUGCCAUUAACAUGCUUUUGAGUAUUAUUCAUUAAACAGAUCUAACGUGUUUUGUUGUUGAAUUUGAAAUUAUAAUUCACUUGAUAUAUACCAAUGUAAAUAGAACACAUUUACACACAUUUCACAUACAAAUGUAAGUAUGUAUGAAACUUUUAGACUUUAUUUUCAGUAUUAUUUCUGUACUUUCUACAUAUCGAUAUCUUAGAACAAAAAUUUGCUGUGUUUAAUAAAUAAAUCAAAAACAGGUUCCAAAACGAGUGUGAUAUUUUUACAAAGUUUACUUAAUAUCAAAAGACGUUUAGGUUUCUUCACAAGAAUUACGCAUGUAUCAAAACUUAACAUCGAAUUUUCCAAAAGUAGCCUGAAACAUAGUUCAUUUGUGUUCUAAGUUAUUGAUUUUCAAAAAUUUGAGUUGAUCGUAUUUAAAUUUAAACAAUUAAACCAAUUUGUAAUCCAUCUACCAGAUUAAUUAAGGAAGCAUUUCAAUUGGAAAUUGUUUUUUAUUAUUUUCGAAAAAGAUAUAACACAAAAUCAAAUAAGUUAUUGAGGGACUAUAAAACUGACAAAGACUUCGUUCCAAAUUAGAUUUCUUUGUUGAUACAACAAGUUGUAGAUUGUUUGGAAGUCGUUCUGUGGGUUGCUAUGUCUCACUUCCCAAGGUAUUAGAACUAAUCCUUCGAGCUACCUAAUUCUAAUUGCAGAAAUGGACUAAACAUUCGCAGAGUAGAUGCCCUGAUGUCUUGAAGGCUUGUUAGGUUAGGUUAGAUUUGUAGAAUCUGCAGUUGUCGUCUUUUGCUAUGCCUAUCGUCUUGAGGUUGUAUUUCUGGGGUAGUAUCUUGUCACAAAACUGAUCAGUAGUAUAAUGAUAUGAAUAUUUUGUAGUGUUUCUCUGAUUCCUUAGCCAUCUGUUCAGUUGGUUGUUGAUGUGAUAUUACCCGAGGCCAUAGUAAGACUUUGCUCCAAUAUAUGGAGUCACAAUCUUUUUGACGAGGCUGUCUGCUUCCUGAUAACCUUUUACCACAUUAUGAUUAGUGCUUUUAGAGUUUGUUUAUAUUCUCAAGCUAAUUAGGAUGUGCUUACAGAGCCUUCAAUGCUGCUUGCUAGAGAGAAUGUGAAUUUGCGUUCUAGUGAGGUUUCUAUCCAAAUACUCCUGAGCAAUAUUUUUAUCGAUAUUCGAAUAGUAGUAUGUGAUUUUCCAGGUGAUAUAAAAAGUUUGCGUUUUUGUCCAAAAUCCUAUCCAAAUUCUUGGCUUUAAACCACCUGUAUACUAGAGAAAUUCAUUUCGAUCUUACGGAAGAUUUUUGUUGACUCAUUGUUGAAUUGUUUAUAUCCAAAUUGACAAAAAUCCGUGAAUAUUUCAUUCUUUUUCUGGGAAUGUCACACUUCAUGUAGUACUGAUACUGAGUUAUUGAAUAAAAGACGAAUUAAUGAACUUACAGGUAUAAAAAAAUUUGUAAAUGUUCCCAUUAACAAGGUAAUUGUGAGUAAAAAAAAUGGUUUCCAUAUUCAAAUGCUGAAAGCUUGUCUUUAUAUUUUUACUAAAGGUUUGUUUAUAAUAAAACCAGCAAUAAUUGAUAAUCUUUAAGUAUAAAUUUAUUGUAAAAAUCUUCGAAAUUUUGAGUGUCUUAACUUAUUGGUAUUGGAUAUGUUUAACUGGCUCUACAAGUGUAAGGAUGUAUUUUUUUACAAAUAAACAUGGCUGCUAUUA